GAGGUGCCAACGAUGGCUGUAGAGAAAGUCUUUGUGUACAACAACACAUCCAUUGUGCAGGAUGAAAUUCUGGCUCAUCGCUUGGGCCUCAUCCCUAUCCUAGCUGACCCUCGACUCUUCGAAUAUAGAAACCAAGGAGAUGAAGAAGGCACAGAAAUUGAUACUCUGCAGUUCCAGCUGAAAAUAAAAUGUAGCCGAAACCCACGUGCAGCCAAGGAAUCAUCUGAUCCUAAUGAACUAUAUUUCAAUCACAAAGUGUACAGUAAACAUAUGACAUGGGUGCCCUUGGGGAAUCAGACAGAGCUCUUUCCAGAUGCUGACUUCCGACCUGUUCAUGAUGACAUCCUCAUCGCACUAUUGCGACCUGGCCAGGAAAUAGAUGUGCUUAUGCAUUGUGUCAAAGGUAUAGGUAAAGAUCAUGCCAAGUUUUCUCCUGUGGCCACGGCUAGUUAUCGACUGCUUCCUGACAUUACUCUCCUGCAGCCUAUUGAGGAUGAGGCAGCUGAGGUGUUGCAGAAGUGCUUUUCCCCUGGAGUCAUUGAGAUCCAGAACAUCAAAGGAAAAAAGGUGGCAAGAGUAGCCAAUGCACGGUUGGACACUUUCAGCAGAGAAGUUUUCCGUCACGAGGGUCUGAAAAACCUUGUGCGCCUGGCAAGAGUGCGAAACCAUUACAUCUUUUCAGUGGAGUCCACGGGUAUCUUGCCUCCAGAUGUGCUGGUGAGCGAAGCCAUCAAGAUCCUGAUGGGAAAGUGUCAGCGCUUCCUGAAUGAGCUGGACUCUGUGCCUAUGGAGUGACUGGGCUGUAGCUGGGAGGCAUGUCCCUGCACUGCUGUUCUGGGCUUCCUGCACCUGCCUGCAGGGGUGAUUCCUCUUCCAUAGGCAAGAGGUUUGAGAUGGGCUUGUUAAGAGUCCUAGGACCAUCUCUUUGAAUUUCUUUUCUGUUGGUAUUGAGCCUCAGUGAGGAGAUGCACUAAAAUAAAGGCUUUUCUUUAC